GACAAAGACAAGUGUUUUCGAAUAUUUAUUCUCAAAAGAAUCAUAGUAGGCAAAACAGAUCAAAUCACAUUCAAUUUUCACUAUUCAAUGUAAAUUCGUUGUUUUAAACUCGCUAACAAAAAUGUCGAUUCCUGUGUCGGUUGAGGUAGCUGACGAGAAUUUCCUUCGGCAACAUUCAGAUUUUUUGAAAACAUUACCAAAAUUGACACACUUCACACAACCCGAAAUCGAUGCGAUUGCAAUCAUUUACUUUAAAUUUUUGCGGGAAUUCGGCGUCAAGAGAGAGCAAAUGGAUCGCAGUCAAUUCCGUGCCUUUUUCCAUUCGACCUUUCAGAUCAGUGAUGAUUUCAUCAUCGACCGAGCAUUUUUAUUCUUGGACAAAGGUUUAACGCCGUUUGUUACCCUGGAAACAUGGAUCAAAACGCUCUCACUAUUUCUGCGUGGAACGCUCGAAGAAAAAAUGAAAUACUGCUUCUUCGUCUAUGAUUUGGGUGGUAAUGGAAGGUUGAAGCGUAAUGACAUCAUUCGAUUGCUUCGCAAGUGUUUUAUUUACGAAAAGGAUGAAGAUGUGGAGCUCAUGGUAAAGGAAUUUGCUGAUAUUUUGGUGCGAAAACUCGAUGUGGAUGGCGAUGGCGAGAUAUCCUAUGAGGAUUUUUCGGAAUCGGUUAAAAAACAACGAGAAUUACUGCAAUGCUUUGGUCGAUGUCUUCCAGAUUUAUUGAGCACCGUCGAUUUUAUGCAAACUUUUACCAGUGACCUACCGAUUUAAAACUUUUGCUCAUUCUAUUAUUUUGCCUGGGUCGUAUCAGUGAAUGAAGACCGAAAUAAAUGAAUAAUUGAUAAUAGUUCAA